CCCUGGGGCCCACUGGACCCAAGUUGGAAGAUGGGGUUUGCUCUUUCCCAGGUUUGGCAGUCUGACCCUGGGUUAGGGGUGGGAGGGCAUCAACCAUGAACUCAGAGGAAAAUGCCCCCCAGCCAACCCCGCCUCUUCUUAGGCUUUGUCUUGAGCUGAGAGUGGACAGAGAAGGGCCCAAGGGCCCAUUAAACAGAUCCAUCCAGGAAGCCACUGAGAGCUUAAGAAGGACCUCUUAAGCUGGGGUUGGAGUGGAGAGUCAGGGAAGGUUUCUUCAAGCCUUGAAGAAUAAAGACAAGUGGACAAAGGUCUGAUUCCACUUGCCACUUUCUCAUUGAUUGGCGUUGGACGAAUCGAGCCUUAGAGCCUACUUCUUUGCCGGCCAGAGGCAAGUUAGGCGAGUUGCUGGGGAGGAAGAGGGCGGGCCCUCCUAUAGCAACUCAGCAUUGGUUGGCUUUCAAGACUGCCGGCUCUCCCAUUCCCGUCCCUGGAUUGGCUGUAAGAGAUUAAUCUACGCCUUGGGCCUGCGCGAUGCUGGACGAGAGGAGAGGGGGGUCGGCUGGCAAGAUGGCGGCUACUGCGACCGGUGUGGGCCGGUUGGAGGAAGAGGCAUUGCGGCGAAAGGAACGGCUGAAGGCCCUACGGGAGAAAACCGGGCGCAAGGACAAAGAAGACGGGGAGCCAAAGACUAAACAGCUCAGAGAAGGGGAGGAGGAAGGCGAGAAGCACAGGGAACUCCGACUGCGGAACUAUGUCCCAGAAGAUGAGGACCUAAAGAGAAGGAGGGUGCCCCAGGCCAAACCAGUCGCAGUGGAAGAGAAGGUCAAAGAGCAGCUCGAGGCUGCCAAGCCAGAGCCUGUCAUUGAGGAGGUGGACCUGGCCAACCUUGCACCCCGGAAGCCUGAUUGGGACCUCAAGAGAGAUGUAGCCAAGAAGCUGGAGAAGCUAGAAAAGCGGACCCAGAGGGCCAUUGCUGAGCUGAUCCGUGAGAGGCUGAAAGGCCAGGAGGACAGCUUGGCCUCUGCAGUGGCCACCACCGAACAAGAAGCCUGUGAUUCCGACUGAGGCAUGCCACAUCCCCCCACGCUCCUGUCAGGCCUUUCCUAAAGGAGGAUGGUCUUUGGCAGGGGUAGGGGCCGGGCUUGCCAUCACCUCCAGUUUGGCUUCAGAACAGUGACUCGCUGCCUAUUAGUCUGAACGUACCUGUCCCCAUUGGGUGAGGUCAGCUCCUUGUCUCCUGAGUGGUCCCCCAGCUCUUGAGUUGGGGCAGAGCCAACAACAACUCAGUGGGCUUAUUGUCUCUAUAGGUAGUUAUGUAUUUUGAACUUUUUUUGUAUCUGGAAAUAGAAACAAGCAGACCCCUGUG